AAAAUUGCCUUUUUUAUACGAUCCUGCGCCAGAAAGAAAAGCUACAGAUCGAGGUUAUGACGAUAUCGAGAAAGAGGACACUUACAACGUAAAUCAAACUUUGGUGCCAUCCAAUUAAUUUAAAACUGAGAUAAGUAACAAUUAUGAUUGGGAUGAAGAUGACGAUGACAUUUUUGCUUCUAUAAGCACUCAAGAAGUCCUACAUCAAGACGUGAAGAUCAAUAAUUUUCCUCAUAUGUCGAAGUUCCCAGUAAAUAAGCAGAUUACUCAGGGUAACCAAACAGACAAUAUUAGUGGGUACUCCAAGAGCUUGGUGCUGAGAGAAACUAAUGUUGCAUUAGGACUUCAAAAAGCUAGCGGAGAACGGCCGGAGUUGGGAGUAGGUAAAAACGCAGUUGGCCUGAAUGACAUUUUUAUUGAAAACGAAUGGAAAGAAGUGAAAAGUAAAGUGAGUCGGGAUGAAGUGGGCAAGAUGAAUAAUCCGGGAAAUUCGCUUAUUUCUGCGAGUUUUCAAACAGCGAAUGGUAAAAAAAUCUCCAUAUCGAAAGAAAGCCAAAUAUCCGUAAAAAAUAUUCUAAGAGAAUUUCAAGACAAUUUUCAGGAAACGAAUGAUGAAACUGAACUAAAAGACAUAAAAGCUCGGAUGUCGAUUAAAAGUAUGGAAUCCAAGUUUGGAAAAAAUACGAACAGCAGUGCGCAAAUAGCCAACAAAACAGGCUUUCAAGCGACCUUUAAAAUACAUCAAGAUAAUGUUGGCAAGUUUAAUAAUCCGGGAAGUUCGCUUAUUUCUGAGAGUUUUCAAACAGCGAACGUUAAAAAAAAACCCAUAUUUGAAAAAGAAAAAAGCAAUGAAAGUGGACUGGAGGAUAUAAAAGAUCGCAAAAAGCACUUGUUGUCAUUAAACCCAAAAUUUAAUUAUAGGCCACCCCAACUCUGUGAGACACCACGACAAAGCGAGACUCCAACACCAGAAUUAGGGGAGUUUGUUAAAAAUGCUGUUGAAACAAGUCCGCCUGGCAUUAAUAGGAAAUUGCCAGUUCAGGAAAAAGAUAACGACGCAAUAUUAAUGGCAAACCGACCAAAGAGGUGGCGGCUAUCGGGUUUGAGUCGUACUCGUACUAAUUCAAAGAAAUAA